UUAACAUUUUAUUCAGGCACACAAAGGGAGCUAAAACACAAUGAAUCUGUUUCGCACUGACUCUAUAAAGCCCAGCGCAGGCUGACAAAGUGUGGAAAAGACUUAAAAAAUGUUCAGUUCGAGCACAAUUAUGAUCUAGAAGUGAAUUUUCAUUGAUAUCGGGAGUCCAGAGCAGAAAAGCUGACUGUGAUCAGCGCUGUUAGGAAGUCUGGCAGCGCCAUGAGACUCCAUCAUCAGUGUGUUUGCUGCCGCUACAAUAUCUUCAUUUUAGAAGAAAAUGAUGCUCAAGAAAUGGCUGUUUUUAUUCACAGUCUUUACAUAAACAUGUUAGAAAGCCUUCAGACAGUAUUUGAUGUGGAGGAAAUGAUUUGACGAGGAGAAAGGACGGAAAACACAGCGAUUAUCAGCGUGUUCCGCUGUGAAUCGGUGCAGUUUUCAAGCUCCAGUAACAAAGUGCAGAGAGCCUCCGAGAUGUUUAUGAGCCGAACAUGAAGAGAAACAAGUCCGCUAUGGAGCCUCUUUACUGUCAGCCUGCAGCGCUGCUCCAACGCGGAGUUUUCACCAGUUUUAUGCCGCCGAGAAAACACAAACAGAAGCCGUCCGUGUUGCACAGAGCAGCCGCGGACAGGGCUGAGUCUCCACGGUUCUCAUGGUGUGUUUAAGGGCAUCCUGCUGCUCCGGUUUUCUCAUCUCUACACUCCGACUCUCGUUGUAGCGCCAACAAGGAAGGAAGGAAGGAAGAUGGCAGAAGUCGCUCCAGCUCCAGCUCCCGCUCCGGCCAAAGCGGUCAAGAAGAAGGCCUCCAAGCCCAAGAAGAGCGGCUCCAGCGUCAGCGAGCUGAUCGUGAAAAGUGUGGCCGCCUCCAAGGAGCGAAGCGGCGUGUCGUUGGCCGCCCUCAAGAAGGCUCUGGCUGCCGGAGGAUACGAUGUGGACAAGAACAAAGCCCGCGUCAAGACCGCCAUCAAGAGCCUGGUCACCAAGGGCACCCUGGUCCACACCAAGGGAACCGGAGCCUCCGGCUCGUUCAAGAUGAGCAAGAAGGUCGAAGCCAAGGCUGCGAAGCCCGCCGCUCCUAAAGCCAAGAAGCCAGCCGCAAAGAAGCCCGCCGCAGUGGCCAAGAAGCCCAAGAAGGCGGCAGCAAAGAAACCAGCAGCGGCCAAGAAGUCUCCAAAGAAGGUCAAGAAGCCUGCAGCGGUGAAGAAGGCAGCCAAGAGCCCUAAGAAGGUCGCCAAGAGCCCUAAGAAGGUGGUGAAGAGCCCUAAGAAGGUGGUGAAGAAGGCUCCCGCAGCCAAGAAAAGUCCAGCGAAGAAGGCAGCUAAGCCCAAAGUCAAGAAGGCAGCAGCCAAGAAGAAAAGCUACAUCUGACCUGGCUCUGUGUUUAGCUGUGGCACCUUCCUGUAGGGGGACAUCGGCUGAGCUGCUGCUGCCAACAACUUAAUGCUAACCUUCUAACCUUCUGAAAAAAUGGCUGGAGGCGAGACUUCAGUCGCCAAAGCUUCAGCCGGUUUGGGGUCAGUGGAAACAACAGUUACCGUACUGAGUAGAGCUAAAUCGAGUGGUGCAGAGCCGCGCCGGCUAAAAUGAGCCAGUGGAAAAGGGGCAUACCUGUAUGUGCUGUCUUUCAUACUCUAGACUUGAAAACUGGCUCAGAUUUGAUCUACUUCGCUGUCUUUCUCUCACGGAUGAAGCCACUAAAGGAGAUACUACUGCCUUUAACAUUAUACUUUUUUUCCUAUAGAAAGUACUCCUGGAUCAGUGCUUCUGUGUUCUUUUUGUGUCUCUGCUCUGUUCUCUCAAACCCCCAGUCG